GACUUGUUGUAUCGAUUAUGGCAGAGAAGAGAGAAAAAGGAAAUGGCCAUGUUGAUGUUGAGGAGGGUAGUACCUCCUCUUGCUUUAGAACCACAGAGACUCUGCUUCGUAUGGUGCCGAUGGGUUUAUGCGUAGCUGCUCUUGUGGUGAUGCUCAAGAACUCUCAGACUAAUGACUUCGGAUCAAUCUCCUACUCUGAUCUUGGUGCUUUCAGGUACUUGGUGCAUGCCAAUGGCAUUUGUGCUGGAUAUUCACUACUUUCUGCAGCAAUUGCUGCCAUGCCUCGCCCGUCCACAAUGUCUCGAGCCUGGACUUUCUUUAUCCUUGAUCAGUUGUUGACAUACCUAAUUCUGGGGGCGGUAUCUGUGUCGACGGAGGUGUUAUACCUGGCAUACAAAGGAGAUGCAGCCAUCACAUGGAGUGCAGCUUGUGGGUCGUUUGGUGCAUACUGCAACAAGGCAACAGCAUCGGUGGUCAUAACGUUUGUUGUGGUAGCCUUCUAUGCAGUGCUGUCUCUCAUAUCAUCCUAUAAACUCUUCAGCAAAUAUGAUGCACCUGUGUACUUCCCAAGUAAAGGAAUUGAAAUUGCUGGUUUUCAGGGCUGAGUACCAUUUUCAUUAGCAUAAAAAAUAAUCAAGAGUGAAAAACUGAAAAGUGCAUGUAUGCUUGAUGAUCAAUGGAAGUCACUUGUUUACUCAUAAUUCCCCUAAUAUUUAUGAGAUCAUUCCAUUGAGGCA